CAUAUUUUGCUAUCAUAAACAGUACAAACAUGUACCCGAGUACAAGUAUCUAUAUGUGUUUCACGCAUGUUCAUCGAUUAGUACGCACAGCGCUACCGUAUAAAGUACAGACUAUAGAGAGCUCCUUUUGCGGUAACGUUCGAUCCACGUCGCACGUGGACUCCUGAUCCCCUUACCAGGUAUUUACUCUGACAAUCAUGUUCUUAAUAAUUUUAAACAGCUCCUUGGAUGGGUGAAACGGUCGCAUCGCUUGUGGAGUUUGCGUAAACAUUAAAUUAGUGGAAAACCGAAAAAAACAAUUUUGUGCCGUCGCAUUCUAUUAAUCAUUGUUCUCACUGGACCAAAAAUCGAAAAGAAUUCAACCGUACUAAAAAGGUUAAAACGGAAAUGGAGACCUCGGGGAAGCCUCCCACAUCAUGGGCUCAGCGCAAAGAUACUGUGUUUAUUAGUGUGCUCUUGGAAGAUGUUAAGGAUCUUAAGGUCAAUAUCGAGAAAGAGAAUGUGUACUUCAGUGGCAAAUCCGGACCUGACAUUAAACUGUACGAAAUGAAUUUUGACCUCUAUUCGGAAGUCAAUCCAGACGAAUCCAAAUACUUUCUGAAGGACCGACAAGUCGACAUAGUUCUGAGGAAGAACGAUGCAGCAGCUCCUUUUUGGCCCCGAUUGCUCAAAGGCUCCAUGAAACCCGGUUGGCUGAAGACAGAUUUUAGUCGAUGGCGAGAUGAAGAAGACGAAGCUGGUGGCGACGACGAUGAUGAAAAUGGUGCAGACUUUCAAAACCUUUUACACAAAAUGGGUGGGAAUGCGCAACCAGACACCGGAGCUGGAGAUGCAAGUACCGAAAACGCUCACGCCGUUGUGGAUUCGGAUGACGACAUCGAAGAAGAAAUGCCGAAGCUUGAAGGAUAGCAGUCAAAUUGUGUCUGACAAUAGCUCUUGCACACGAAAGGCGGGCUUGCAGUUCUGGGCAAAGAAAAUAAGUAAUGCCUUCGUUUUUUCUGCACUUGGCACUCAUUACAGUGGUCAAAUAAGCCGCAUUAUGAUCUUUUUUUGGUGUGGUUUGUGAGAAAUUUUUCUUUUUCCUUUUUGUUUUUUUUUCAUCUUCCAGUACGGUAUAGUAGAUCGACAGUUUUCGGAUACAAGGAGAAAGACAUCUGUCAAAGCGGAAUGAGCAUUAUAAUCAUUUUUUAAAAGUAACUGCAAGUAAUAUUUCCAAACGACAAA